CUGUCUUUUUUAUACUGCACCUACUAAUUGGCUGUUGACAGUGUACUCAGCUUGCAUUUUCGGUUAUUUUAAUAAUUGUUUGAAUUAUAGGAUGCUGCCGAAAGAGUGCGCCGUACUGAAUACAAAAAAAAAAAAAAAAAAAUUGUCUGUCACGUGUUACCACCAGCGAGUAAGUGGAAGUCUUAAGGUGUGAUUGUCAACAAAGCAUAGUGCCCACUGCCCGCUGCCCACGCUGCCUUGAAACAUUACCAUGCCGCUCUAGUGAAUGUUGAAAUGGCGUACUCUUAACAAGAGACUCCGCAAUAUAAGAUCUGUAUUGUCCUAACGCAGCGGAACCAGCACGCCACUUGGCAAGACAGUGAAGAUCAGUCAAUAAAGCCCUUCACCAGUUCUUGGAUCAGCAGUCAACUCCUCAUCUUUGGCGAGGCAAUUUUGAACAUACAGGAUAGUAACAAGGCAAUGGUUGCUUCUCGCUCCUGAAUAGACACAAACCAAUCUCUCAAUCUUUAUUGUUAUUGUAUCUAAUUAUCAAAAUUGUAAUGGCCACAGUGUGCUACUUCUGAAUAGGGACAACAAUGAGGUACUGCCAGCUGGUGCUUGGGCCAGCUGGCUCUGGUAAAUCCACCUAUUGUGCGGCAAUGCAGAAACAUGCUGAAGUCUCAAAUAGAGUUAUAAGUGUUGUCAAUCUGGACCCUGCAGCAGAAGCGUUUUCAUAUCAGCCUCUGCUAGAUGUCCGAGACUUGAUCCAGCUUGAUGACGUGAUGCAGGAUGAAGACAUGGACUUUGGUCCCAACGGUGGCCUGGUUUUCUGUAUGGAAUACCUGCUGGAGCCUGAUGGCCUUGACUGGCUGAAGGAACAACUUGGUGAUUAUGAAGAUGACUGUCUCUUGUUUGACUGUCCAGGUCAGAUAGAACUGUACACGCACAUGGAUGUCAUGAAGAGACUAGUUGAACAGCUUCAGGCUUGGGACUUCCAAGUGUGUGCAAUAUUUGUGCUAGAUGCCGGCUACAUGGUGGAUGCUGCAAGGUUCCUCUCAGGCUCCUUGACUGCCCUGGCCACAAUGGUGCAAUUGGAGGUUCCUCACAUUAAUAUUUUAACCAAGAUGGAUCUGUUGAACCGGGCAGCUAGGCAACAACUAGAAAUGUUUCUAGAGCCAGAGAUUCAUGAGCUGCUUGCAUCCGAGCACAAUGUGUCAAGAUUUAACAAAAAAUAUCACAAAUUAACACAUGCACUGGGAAAGGUAUUGGAUGACUUUUCCCUGGUUCGCUACAUACCUCUGAAUAUCAACGAUGAAGAAUCACUAACAGAUGUUUUGAUUCAGACUGACUUUGCUCUUCAAUAUGGAGAGGAUCUUGAUGUGAAAGGCAAAGACUUUGAGUAUCCAGAUCCAGAAGACAGAGAGUGAAAUGUUAAAUUUCCCUCUCAAUAUUAUUAUUUUAUUGAACUGAUUUACUAGUUUCUUGUCAUGAAAAUACUAAACUUUGUAUUCUGUUCAGAUUGUGACUGUUGAUGACUUAAGUAAAACUUACAGGGUAUCCCAGCCAAGUUAUUGUGUUUUAGCAACAUAACAAUAAAUAUUAUUAAGUUGCCAUCUGUAUGAAAGCAAUUUCUAUAAACUGUUGUGGUAAGAAAUAAACUUAAUCUUAAUUAUUAAGAUCUAAUUAUCUUCUAAGUCCAGUACACUGGCAAUUGAUAUGCACAUAGUAAUGAUAUAAAUAGCCAGAUGAGUGGAAGUCAACCAUAUUAAACAGUAUUAUGGAUUUUCUCAUGAGUGAAGCACGAUAGACUCUUCUCAGUCAGUCUAAAUUGUAUCUAAAUUGUAUUAACUGAAUUUUUACUUCAGUUAUAAAUAAAAUAAAUAAAUAUUAUAUAUAUAUACUGUU